UAAUAAGUAAUUAGUGAGGUUGGGGUGAUUGAAUCAAUCUUGAAUGCAAAAAUUGAAUAGAUAGAUUUGAAAAGGUGAUCACGUCUUUGAGGGGUUGUGGGUAAAUGUGUGACUUUGUGAAAGAGAAAUUAAAGACCCCAAAUUAAAAUAAAAAAAAAAAAAAAAAAGGAUUUUCAAGAAAUAAGAGGCAAAGAGUGGAAGAACGUGACAGUCAAAAUUUCCAGAUAGCAGUUAACAACUGACUCUUGGAGUUCUCAUCAUCUUCUUCUGUGAUUUUGUUGAUUGUAUUCAUCAUUCAUCUUUAUCUGGGAUGUAGCUAAAGUUAUGGGGAUAGCCUUCAAAUACAUGAUGUUCAUAUCUUCUUAAUUCUCAGUCCGUUGUUUGCGCUGAUGAUCAGGAGCUGAAUUCUUGAGGAGCUGGUCGUCGUCGAUCGUCUUUGGGGUUUUCAUGGAUAUCUGUAACAGACAAUCUCGUUCUCUUCCCUUCUUUUUCUCCUAAAUUUACGUUUUCUUUAUGUGUUUGUCAUUCUCAUUUAAGGCAACUAAACUAUUUUCAUCUCCUCCUCCUCCAAGUUUCAAGCCUCUGAUCUGGAGAAUCUGAUAUUUCCUCCCGGGUCACUGCUUUUUCCCUUUAGGGUUCUUGUAGCUGAGCUCUUGGGAGUUUUCUUAUUUAGAUCUUUUGCCCAUUUACGUUACCUACCCAUCUCCAGUUUCAGCCGUCACUUUCCUGUCAACAACUCUCCACUGAUUACAAUUUGCCACCUUUUUUAUUUACUUUGUUGUCCAUAUAUAUUCACACACUGAUCAGCUUGGGGGUUUCUUUUGUUCUUCUCAAUGGUGAAUAAUCAAGAAGAAGCUAUGAGAUCAUUACUCUCACUCAAGAAAAAUAAGCAGAAAUCUGAUGUUUUUGGAGAAGACGAGCUGUGGGUUAAGCUGCAAUUUCCCGAAGAAGAAGAAGGUGUGGGUGUUGGGGACCAGAAGAUGGGGUUUGAAAACAAGUAUGAUCAGAUGAAUGAGUACAGCAGUAAUAUGAAAAGGGUUUGUCAUAUUUGUUGCAAAGUCUUUAGCUCAGGUAAAGCUUUAGGAGGUCACAUGAGAAUUCACGUUCUUGGGGGUAAAAGAAAGGAUCUGAUUUUCAAGGAGAAACGCAAAGUUCAUCAGACCAUCAAGUUCAAGAAACAAAGCCCGCGUGAAGAGACUGUGGAAAAAGCGGUUCAUUUUGUGGAAAAGAAGCACCACCAGUACAAGAAGAUGACGACUGGUAACUGUUUUGGUGAUUCGGAUGAUAUGGUCAAGAGCCCGAGUUGUAUAAUCUGUGGUAAGAAUUUUCCGUCCAUGAAGUCAUUGUUCGGGCACAUGAGGUGCCAUCCCGAGAGGGAGUGGAGGGGUAUUCACCCGCCACCUUCAUGGGAGAAAAUCAGCUCUUCUUCUUCUUCUUCUUUGUCGGAUGCCGAGCCACAAAAAUUUUAUGAUCAGAUGGAACUUUCAGCAUCUGGUGGGAAGAAUAGAGCUGUUGAUUUGACAGAGUCCUUGAGGGGAUGGCCGGUGACUGCCAAGCGAGGUCGCAAAGCCAUGGCGGUGGCAGCAUCAUCGUCGGAGUUUUCGUGUUCGGACGACAAUCAGUUUCGGGCUGUUACAUAUCUUAUGAUGCUGGCUAGCGGGCAUUUGCUUGAGAGUGGCGGCGCCAAAAGGCAAACUUCUGCUGAAUCUCAGGCUGCAGAGAGCUUUUGCAAGGCCAAGAUUCUUGAAAUUGAUCAGGUUUCCAAGUCGAAGAAGUUUGGAACUGAUUAUCCUGUCGAGCAGCUUGGGAAAGAGCUGAGGAAUUCCAGCGAGUUUGAAACAGUUGUCAUGGCUGGAAGUGGUCUUGUUCGUGGAGAAUCAGUCAACAAACUGGAGGGUCAGGAAUGGCUUGAUCAAGAGCACGAUCAGGUUGAUUACUUCCCUGAUGAUGAUCAAUUGGACAGCAAGAUUCCAGGACAACUGAAUGACAAAGGUUUUGAGGCUACUUCUAACUUUAAGGUGCCAAUCAAGAACAAGAAGAAAAGGAAGAAGUUAAAGCUAUGUGAAUUAGAAUUGGCAAAAGGUUCUAGUCCAACAUCUCCAUUGCAUCAGAAUCCACCUGAAAAACAUCAGUGUAAGGCUUGCGACAAGGCCUUCCCAACCCACCAAGCAUUGGGUGGCCACAUGUCCAGCCAUUACAAAUUCAACGUGAGCAUUAAGAAUACGAAUGGCACUGCCCAAGUGAAAGAAACCAAAAAACACAUCGCCAUAAAAGGCUUGAGCCGAAACCUGUUUGAGGAAACACAGCAUCAGUGCAAGACUUGUGACAAGAACUUUUCGACAGCUCGUGCUCCAUCGAGCCAAGUCCCGGCCAGUGAAGAUACCCAAAUCUGCCGGAUAAUGCUGGAUAUUGAUCUUAACGAGGCGCCUCCAUCAGAGGGUGAAGCUGGAGUUGGGUCUCAAUUCUCAACUUACACUUGGUAAUUAUGAUGAACAUGCAACUCUGUCCAUAAAUUCAGACUCUUUUCUUUAGUUGGUUCAAGUUUGUAAUUUUCUUGCAGCUCCUAAUUAGGUGGUAAUUAACUAUAGAAUGAUCAAAAGCUAAUAGUUCAGGGCCACUGCAUUUUUGGGUGUGGAUGGUGGUUCAUUAACUUCCCAUCAGUUACGGAGACAGUGAAAUUGGAACCACCUUGGUUCUUUCUUUGUUUUGCUUAAAGUAAGAGACUUGGAAAUCUUGUUUUAUGUGUCUAUUUUCUUCAUGGAGACUAUGAUAGCCCAACAAGCUUUUCUGUGAAGAAACUAGUACAAGAAUGACUGUGUGGAGAAGCUGCUUACUAACAGACAUUGCCGCUUCUCUUCAACUUUACUUUAUUUCGACAUUGGAUGAAUUUAUCUUUUUCCUCUACCCUUUUGCACUCUUCACGAACAAAAUUAUCAUCAUAUCUGAACGGCCGCACAAGCACGUAUAUCUUGCACUACUUUGCUUCAUAGAAUAUUUGGACUGUGAAAAUGACUUGAAGUCAUGCACAUAGUGGAGGUCCAGAAAGGAGAUUGUGAAGAAAUAAAUCCUUCUAUUCUAUUGGCACUUUCACACUGAAAAAUAUACUUGUGAAGAUACACACACUAUAAUAAGUGUUCCUAGGUAUGGAAUUGUGGAAAAUGGAGGAUAUUCCACAAAGAAGAGCGCGUGGGGUAAUUGAACUAGUCCACAGAUCUUCAGUGCCUGAUGCUAUAUAUGGAUAGGCUGCUCUCUUAUGUAUUGCUUAUAAAAAAAUGAAGUGGGAGAAGUUAGCAUUUUCUUAGUGUGUAGCACCUUCUCCACUCCCUUCUUGACUAGUAACAGGUCAAACACACAAAACUCUAUCUCCAUCAACUCCUGGAAUACCGUCAAGUACACAAAAAGUUCACAUCAUGAUGUAUAUACAAGUUUAAGAGGGAAAAAAAAAGGCCAGAAGAAAAAAGCUUUGUUGCAAGUAUCAGCGUCAUAAUCGCAAUAGUUGGUGUCCGUUUCCCCACAUGGGUCCUAUUGUGUCGAAGGGAACUUCGAAUAAUAUAACUUGAUAUAGACACUAUGUAUUUGAAUGUGAACAGAACGUGGAAGUUCAAGAGUAAAGUAUAGCUUUCCUGAUGUGUAAUUGCGAUAUUGGUAAAGUGUAUUAUGUGGUCAUUAGGCAUUGAUGCUGCUUGUGUAUGGAAGGUAGCAGUUAGCAUAGGAGUGGAAAUACAGAUAUCGAAUUUCAAUAGCUGCUAAGUAAAUAUGGAAAACCUCAACUGCAUUCUACGCACAAUCUCGUGAUUGUAUUGUGUGAAAGCAACUGCCUGCCAAUUAUUUUGACUUUUUCGACAGACCCGGAACUGCAAUAUCGGCUCUUUCUCUGAUUCAUACGUAGUUUCCGUAAAUGAUGUCUUGAAAAUUAUGUACUCACAUUUGUGUUCAUGAAUCAUGACACUCUUAUUUCA